AUGGCUGACAUUGAAUACAACGCCGAGGAGGCUGCCGAGAUCAAGAAGAGAAGACAGUUCCGCAAGUUCUCUUACCGCGGCAUUGACCUCGACCAGCUCCUCGACCUCUCCUCCGAGCAGCUCCGUGAUGUUGUCCACGCCCGUGCCCGCAGACGCUUCAACCGCGGUCUGAAGCGCAAGCCCAUGGGUCUCAUCAAGAAGCUCCGCAAGGCCAAGCAGGAGGCCAAGCCCAACGAGAAGCCCGACCUCGUCAAGACCCACCUCCGUGACAUGAUCGUUGUCCCCGAGAUGAUCGGCUCCGUCAUCGGUAUCUACUCCGGCAAGGAGUUCAACCAGGUUGAGAUCAAGCCUGAGAUGGUUGGCCACUACCUGGCUGAGUUCUCUAUCUCUUACAAGCCCGUCAAGCACGGUCGUCCCGGUAUCGGUGCCACCCACUCUUCCCGUUUCAUUCCCCUGAAGUAA